AUUUAGACAAGAGUUGUAGGAAAAAGAGAAUGUUUGACCUUAUUUAUUAACACUUUCCUAGCUGAGAUUCUGCUAUUUAUUUAACUAUUCAAAGACAAUGCAGUGUUUAACCAUGUUUAGUGCUAACAAAUCAAAAAUGCGGAUCAUGAAUCUUAUGAGCCGCUUUGGCGACCCCUACUGGGAGAAGCCGAAAGAAGAAGAAGGUACUAACAAGCUGCUCGAAACGUUUUAACGUGUGCGUUCCAGUGAGCAUUUAACUGCAUUGGACAAACACAAGACUAAUAUACUGUAUUACAGAAUGUUUAUUUUUUCAAUCAAAUGCUUUUAAAGCAUUGACUCUCUAUUUUUGCUGUAUGGUUGAACACUAAGGGAGGGAUACAAAACAAGCUCCGAAACAGUAAUUUUGCUUUUAAGAGCAUUUGAAGGGCGUUAAUUAUCUGUAUAUUCAAAAUAGACAUCUCAUCAGUUCACUGUGGCAAACCAACCAUUUGUCAAAAAUGAAGCCGCAGUGUAAUAUAUUUUUUAUUUCGGUCUGAAUGGUUCUCAAUCCGAAGAAUUUCAAAUGUAAAAAAUAUUAUUUCGGACUACCUUUAUUUAUCUGAUCCUUUAGGCUAAGCAGCUCUUUUUUGUCUUGUUUUUUUCCUUAUUUCUUUUUUUUGUCUCCUCUGGUUUGUUUUCUAUCAUAGCAAAAAUAUUAUGUACAACUUUCAAGUGAUUUGCGAUAUGAAGAAAAAAGUUUAUGAAAGUCUAUUCAUGAUUGAGGCUGACCUCAGAACGCCCGACACAAACUUCAGUUCUCAAUAACCCCCAGCAGUACUUGACCAUGUUGAAACUGACAGCAUAAUCCCAGACAUCUUGAGACGUGUAUGUUUUUGCUUGCUUUAUUAAUCCAUGAAAUACUUGUACACAUUACUGCAGCAUGCUUUUAUUACCGGGUCUAGGCAAAUCUCUUCGGUGUCAGAUUUGUUUAAACCGUCAACAGCACCCCUGAAUUUUCCUAACGAGCUCUAGCCUUUAACAAACUACGAAAUCGGAUUGAGGUUAGAUUAGCGAAGUGAUUUCGUGACCGUGUUCUGGCCGAUCUGAUCUGAGCUUCCUCUGGAAGGAAAUGAUUUAGCCCUGUUUACAUGCAGACAUUUUUUUACUAAUUCAGUCACAUUAUUUAUUUAACGUGUCUCCUUGUACAUGUAUGCCACAUGUCAUUUUCUUCAGAGACAGAAAAACAAAUCUCAAUAAUGAAUUUGGAUAGGAUUUGAAUUGGGUUUUUAUGUAAAUAUGUCUGAUCUUAUAAAUGGCUGUGAUCUUGUGCAGCUUUUACUUAUCUUUCUGAUGUUAUAACAGUUAUGUUACUCUUUCUAUAUACAUAUAUAUAUGUAUAUAUAGGUAGGUGUGUGUGAAUGUGUAUGUAUAUAUCUUGUGACGGCACGCAGCAACAGGCAAACGCUCCACACGCAACUGCCAGACGGGUGCUGAACGGACAGCGCCACUUCAGCACCCGUAUUGUGGAGAGCUGCGGCGCACAUGGCAGGAGGGCGAAGCGGCUGGAGCCGAAUGAGGAGAGUGGCAACUCUUUACCCUGCCUGAGUCGAGUGAAGGGUAUAAAAGGGGUCACGAAGGAUAGCGGGUUGGAGAAUGUGCGGAGCUCUACGGGCGCUCAGCCUCACAGCCGCACACUGCCGCAGAUCCGGUACAGAGGCUGUUGGUGAGGAGCCUGAAGUCAGAAGCAGGGGGCCUGAACCUGCAACCUGAUGCGACUGUGCACGAGAAAUUAAAGAGCACGGAGGAGCUGCCCGGUCCCAGUCUCUCCACCACCGUGUACUGGCUCUUCUGGAAAGGAUACGCAGAUUAAAGUCACGCGUUACAGCACAGAAUCUGAUUGACAGGAAGGUGAAGCAGAUGGACCAGAAGGUGCAGCGUGAAGAGAAGCUGGAAGACAUCUAACACCAUGUUCUGGACUUUGUAUCACCUGGCCCGUGAUCCAGAGGUGCAGAAUCGUCUCUAUCAGGAGGUGGUGUCUGUGUGUCCUGACAGGAAGCUUCUGAGCCCUGAGGACUUGAGCAGAAUGCCGUACCUUAAAGCUGUUAUCAAGGAGACACUCAGAUUGUAUCCUGUUGUGGCUGGUAAUGGACACCUCGCUGUGGAAAAUGAGGUGGUUGUAGGUGGUUACUGGUUCCCAAAGCAGACACAGUUUCAUCUGUGUCACUAUGCUGCGAGUCACGAUGAGACAGAGUUUCCAGAUGCAGAAGCUUUUAUUCCAGAGCGCUGGCUGAGGGGAGGCCCGUUGUAUUCCCAACACCACCCUUACAGCUCCAUCCCAUUUGGAGUCGGGGUCAGGGCUUGUUUGGGGAAACGAGUGGCUGCUGAGAUGUACUUUGCUAUUUCUAGGCUGUUGCAGCACUAUGAGGUGCGUCCCUUGAAUGGCGCUCCUACAGUCCACCCCAAAACUAGGACUCUCCUCAUUCCUUCCAAACCCAUAAACCUGCACUUUGUCCCCCGAACCUGAAGGUGGCAACAAGAGAAAUAGAUGGAUGAGAAAUACAAGUACACAAGUGCUUUUAGAUUUGUAAAUUGUAUAAGUGCAAUAGGAAACUGCAGUGGCCCAGAAUCUGUUUUUUUUUUCUGUUUAAUUGUCAGAUUCUGUGUCAGAUUGAUCUAUGCCAAUUUCAGUAAUAUGUUAAAAAUGUCUGAAAGUUAAAAUGUAUGAAUGUGUUUACAUUUCAGAUUUUUAGGGCCACAGAGAGAUUGUUUUUAUUCCUGCAAAUUUUCUUGCUUGCUGCAUUUAUGUAUUAUUGAUUAAAGCGCACCACUUAUUAUCUUUAUCCUUAUCUUUAAUAUUUAUCUUGCAAAAUACAAAUGUUCAAGAAAAAGUCAAGAAUUAUAGACUAUGUACACCGCUGAAAUUGUAACACUUUUUGGUUUUAGGCUGCAAAUCUAAUAACUAUUUUAUAUUAAUGCACUCAUUGUCAUACAUUAUU